ACAUUAUUAUUACCGAACAUAUUGUAGUAGUGGUGCCUAUUUAGAAUUUAGUGAAAAAAAAAAAAAAUAUAUAUAUAUAUAUAUUUCCUCGUUGCCAAAAUCUAAAGUUAUUGUCGUACGUUUUUAUUUCAUUUUCCAACAAACAAUUGUUCGACGUCGUGCGUUCGUUCUGCUAGACGUAUUAAAAGCGUUCAAUUAGUAUUCGCAUAACGUAACACGUAUUCAUACUGUUCAGAGAUGUCCGACGGAGAUGUGGUUAAAGAUGGCGUUGACAAAUUGGCGAUACAUGAUGAUGAUGAUAUCGAUUCCAACUACAAACCGCCGCCGGAAAAGUCCAUCGAAGAACUGUUGAACGCCGACAAAGAAGAUGCAAGUCUGCAAAAAUAUAAGGAAAAGUUACUGGGCGAUGCCAACAGCGGAAAAAUCAUUUUUGAUCAAAAUAAUCCCAAUAAAGUUAUUGUUAAGAAAUUAGCACUAUGUGUUGCUGAUAGACCAGAUAUGGAACUGGAUUUGUCGGGAGAUUUAACAAAUUUGAAAAAACAGGUGUUCAUUAUUAAAGAAGGAAUUUCUUAUAAAAUUAGAAUAGAUUUCAUUGUUCAACGGGAAAUAGUACAUGGUCUCAAAUAUGUUCAAAAGACUUAUCGCCUUGGUGUACCAGUGGAUAAAAUGUCCCAUAUGGUUGGAUCAUACCCGCCUAAGAUGGAAAUUCAGAGUUACACUACACCAUCUGAAGAUGCUCCUAGUGGCAUGAUGGCCCGUGGCUCAUACACGGUUCAUUCUUUGUUUACAGAUGAUGAUAAGAAUGAACAUUUGAAGUGGGAAUGGGUGUUCGAGAUAAAAAAAGACUGGAAGGACAAUUAACUUACAGGGAAUUUCAUGUAUCUAUCAGUUAUAAAUUUGUAACGACAAAAUUUCAUUAACAUAUAUGGUAUAAGUUUAAUAAGUUUUAUUAUUUUCA